AUGUCUCACUGUCACGAUGAGCACUCCCACUCCCACUCCCACGAUCACAGCUCCGGCGGCGCGCACGACCACACGGACGACUUGACCCCCGCUCUCCAACACCACAUCUACGACCAAAUCGACUUCAGCGCCGUCCAAACCCUCAACGAAGCCACCUCGCGCUCGGGAUCUCUCAUCCUCCAAAAAACCUGGACAGACCGUCUCAACCCGGAACCGUCCUUGCAAAGCGACACGGACGAACAACUCCUCAUGCACGUACCCUUUACCGCUCAAAUCCGACUCCAUUCCCUUCUCAUUCGCACAUCGACGACCGAUUCGGCGCCCAUGACGCUCAAACUCUACGUCAAUCGCGAAGGCGGAUUAGAUUUUUCCACGGCGUCGGAUCUCCCUCCGACGCAGACGUUGGAAUUGGCGCAGAGUAAAGAGGUGCAAGAGGUGCCGGUCAAGAGGGCCUUGUUCAAUACGGUGCGGUGCUUGGAUUUGUUUUUUGAGGAUAAUUGGGGGAGAGGAGAGGAAGAUGUCACGAGAGUGGAUUAUCUGGGCUUCAAAGGGGAGUGGAUGAAAUUGUCGAGGGAACCGAUUAAUUUCUUAUAUGAGGCUGCGGCGAAUCCGAAUGAUCAUAAAUUGGCGCAGGGCAUAGGGGAGAAGAUGGGGAGUGAUAUUGGGGGUGCUGGUGGAGGGAGACAUGGCAUGUGA